GAAUUAAAUAGAAAUUUUACUUCGAAUCAAUAAAUUAAUAAAAGUACAUUCAUUUGGCAUUAAUUUUUUCCACCGAAAGAGAGAGAGCUACUAAUACAAACAGCCAGACGUUAUCUCUAUCGACGUAUACCUGUUUCUUGAUUAAGUAUAUACCACAACACAUGUAGUUCUUUAUCUCAUAUUGAUUUUGGCAGUCAACCGACAUCUACCAAAUUAAACUUAGCUUAAAAUUGGCAAAAAUGCAAAUUCAUAUUCUAGGAAUUGUGCUGCUUGCAGUGACGUUGACAACGGCUCGAGCAGGAGAAUACUUAACCGAGAAACCUGAUGCACUGGAGACCUGCUUAAAGGACGAUGAAAAUAGAGAUAUUUGUACUGCCAAAACUAUCCAUAACACCAUUAUUAAUUGGGCAGAUGGAAUACCUGGAAAAGAUAUUUUCGGACUAACAGAUCCAUUCACUCUUGACGACUUUAAUGUGACAAGGGAAAUUUCAGCGGACGAUGGCACUCCCAGUGUUAUCCAGAUUCAAUACUCAAAUUUUUCUGUAAAUGGCUUGAGUCAGGGAGUUAUCACAAGAGCCAGAUACUUUGACAGCUUUAUAACAGCUACAUUGGAAAUUCCAAAGUUAGUUUUAAAUUUCAAGUUAAAUGCUACAAUAAAUGAGGGUUCAAAAACAACCGAAAUUGCCGACAAAGUUCAAGCGGAAAUGAGCUUAUUUGCGGACUUUGAUGGAUACUUUGAUAAACGACACAGAUCCAACGCAACCUUUUGGUAUGUGAAAAAUAUGAGAAUUGGAAUAUACGAAGUCCUAGACUUCAGUCUUCAAACUCAAACUGACUUCGAUAAGUCCAUGUAUAAAUAUUUGAUGGACUCAAAGAAUGAUGUCAGCGGGUUUUUGAAAACCUGGGAUCGCCAUUGGGGUGAAUUAUUAUUGAGAAAACGAGUUAAUAAGAUAUUGAACUAUAUUCCUGCUGAAUUCAUAGUUGACCGAUAUUUCUAGUAACUAUAACUUCUUCUCUCCUCUAUUAAAAUUAAUUCACAUAUUUUAUAAAUGAUUGAGUGAACUUUGGAAAAUGAAUUAAAUAUGUUUU